AUGACAUCUCGUCUCAAGCCUGAUACCUUUGAUUGGGGAGCAGCCCAUGCCUUUGAGGAGUGGCAGCAUGAUCUGAAGAUGAUUGAGAAACACCAUGGAAAAGAAGAAAAGGAAGACAUUCCACUCUCACAGAAGCACGCAGCCAUGGCAAAGAAGGAAGAGAGCGACGAGGAAUAUGAGUUCGAGGAGAAACCACCAGCAAAGAAACCUGCCAAGAAACCAGCUGCCGGUAAGAAGUCCAAGCCUUUGACACCGUCUGAUCAUGGCUUCAAAGUAGUAACAGUAACUGACCUGGUUCCUUCCGGAUUCCCGCAAGGCUCUCCCCAAUUUCACGAAGGCAACGAUUGUUCCCCAGUCUACAGUGGAGAUCCAGGAUUCAUUACUGGUAUUGGACGCCGCACAAACUCCCCUCAUCGCCCUAUGACUUUGAAAUAUGAAAAGAAAGAAGAACAGCCACCCAUUGUUCCAUGCCGCCACUGUGAACAGUAUCCUUGCUACAUGAUCCAAGACAUGGUUGGAGGCAGUCUGAUGAUGACAGGAGACAUGAUGAAAGAGGAGGGUUUCGACAACAAGACUAUUAGGAAAGCAAUGUACAAAGAGGCGGUUCGCAUGAUCUUUGGGCACUUAGGCGCAGGAAAACGUCGUCGUCUUCCUGUGUGUGUGGAAGGUGAGAUAAAGGAUACAUGGCCCCGAAAUCCUUCCAAGGAUGCCGAGUACGUGUGGUACAAGGAAGAAUGA